AUGUUUUUUUUACAGAGAAAUAUAUAUUUUUAUAUAUUUUGGUUAUCUGUUUUAAUUUUAUGUGAUGUUAUGAAUGUUGGGAUACAGGGAAAGCAAAUAAAUUUAUCGAAAGUAAAUAAUAGAAAUGCAUAUAACUUAAAUUUUAUAAAAAAUUUAAAUAAGUAUCAAAGAAAUCGAUUAAAUAGGUUAAAUAAAUUAAAUGUGUUAAUAAGUUCUCCAGCACAAAUCAAAUUAUCAGAAUUAGAAGAUAAUAGAGAUAGAAGUGGUAAAUUCUGUGUAGUUGAAUUAUGUAGUAGAUUAAAAUGGGUCGAGGAGGGUCGAUAUUAUGAUGUAUUUAGGAUAAAACAAGAAGAAAAUAAAAAUAUAAAUUUAAAUCGAGUAGCUUUUUAUAGUAAUGAAGAAGGAAAGUUAUCUUUUGGUACCCCCUUUUUAGAUAAUGUCCGUGUUAAUGCAACAGUUAUUAAACAUUUUCGAGGAAAUAAAAUAUAUAGAUUAAAAUUUAAAGCAAAAAAAAAUUAUCGAAGAUUUUAUGGGCAUAGACAAGAAAUGAGUAGAAUCUAUAUAAAUAAAAUUGAAUCAAAUAAUGAAUUAAUAAAUGAAGAAAAAAGAAAAUAUAAUUUUUUUAAAGAUGAUCCUAUUUUUUAUAUAUUAAAUCGUAUUCAUAAUAUUGUAAGACCAAGUUUAGAAUUAAAAUAUUUAAAACGAAAUUUUAUUGAUUAUUUGAAUAAUUUUUGUUCUUGGAAAUUUGAAACAUUUUAUAAACAUCGAGGAAAUUAUAAACACGAAAAAAUGCUUAGAAAUAUAUUAAAAACAAAAAAAUUAAGUAAAAGACCCGAAGUUAUAGAACAAGUUAAAAAAAUUGAACAAGAAAAAAAAGAAAAACGUUUAAACAAAUAUGACCCAUUAGAAGAUUUUGAUCCCGUUGCUAACCAGCAUAUGAUUAAGGAGCAUUUCUAUUCUUAG